AUGGUGUUGCUGGAGGCUUUUGGUCUGGCAUCCGCAGAAAUCUUCCAGUACAACCGAGAGAACUUCCAGUUCGACAAUGAGCAGCGCAUCAGCAAAGACGUGCAGAAGUACAAGAUGCAGGUGGAGCGCUUCGAGUUGUUCCGGGAGGACAUCGAGGACCUGGUCAAGCUUACGGUGGACAAGAUGGACAUGUACCACCUGGUCUCAGCCGUGGUGCUGGGCUUCACCACCAGCGUCUUCACGGAGGGCCGCAUCUGGGGCGAGACGCCCCCGAGCUACAUCGCCGUCUACUUCAUGACUGUAGGCUCCGGCUGGCUGUAUCUGCUGAUGACCGUUUGGUUGAGCAUGUACGCCUCGAUCUCCUCCCACAGCCUCGGCGUGCGCCUCCGCACACGAUACGUGCGGCUGCCCAUCCCGAGCCUUCAGCAGCUCUACGGAAUCUCCUCCUCCUUGCAAGACUUCGAGCAGCAGGGUAUGCAGAAGAUGUUCCGCCUGCCCUUCGGGCCGCAGGGCACGCCGCAGUGGGACCGGAUGAACCGUGUCCCCGGCGCCGCCGCCGGUGCCGAGGAGUCCCAGCAAUCGCAGGCUGCGUCCUCCCAGGCCCCGCCCGGCCCCGUGGGGCCACCGGUGCCCCUGGCGCCCGGCGCAGCAGGUUCCGCAGGUCCCGGGGACAGAAUGCUGCGCCGUGCGGGCUCCCUGUCCUCCACGGGAUCGGAGGACCUCUUGGGCCUUGGCGAAGCCGGGUUCGGCCGCGAGCAGGUGCUUGAGCGCGCCGUGGAGACGGCAGCCCCGGCACAGCACGUACAGAUGUUCCGCAAGCUCCAGUCAAUGUGGCAGUGCUUUGACGCUUACGCUCGCGUCAGCAUGAGCCUGGGCGUGCACCAGAUUGUGCAGGCGAUCAACCUCUUCGUGUUGGGCUUGACCCUUGUUGAGACGCACUGCCCCUCGGUGGCCAUUGCCGUCACCCUGGCACUGCAGGCGGUGGCUUUCUCCCUGUCCUUCAUGGAUGUCGCCAGCCUGAAGCGGUGGCAGUGGGGCUGCAUGCUCGUCAUCUCGAGCGGGUGUUCCGUCUCGACGCUCAUCUCCCUGAUGUUCGCGAAGCUGUCGGAAGAACACAUGCCGGACAUCACGAAGCCGUUCCCCCUGGCCCCGAUCGGCUUCUGGUUUCAGGUCGUGUACUUCCAGCUGAUCCUGGAACUUGCGAGGCCGACGGACGAGGUCAUGUCCUUGCCAAGGAGAUUCCGGGCCGUCUUGUUCCUGGACGUCUUUGGCGACUCGAGCUACGACCCGACGGAUGCGGAGCACGCCCUGCCACCAGAUCCUUGGAGGCCCGGUGCGUCCCAGCGCAUGGCCCAGGACAAGAUCUUGGCUGCUUGCGACAACUUUUCCACAAUGGCGCAGAUGGCGCUGCGCCGCUGGGAGGCUCUCCCGGAGCCCUACUUGAAUGAGGAGGACCAAGUGGCGCUUGAGCAAUAUCGCAAGGAGUACACGCUGUCACGCAAGGCUCUGAUGGCGCACCUGGUCGAGCUCAAGCGCGAGCAGGGCGUGCCCUUCGAUGCGGAGGAGCGGGACCGAAUUGAGCUGAAGACCUGGGAUGAGCUGAACGACCUCGAGAAGGGCGAAGAUGUCUUCGCCGGCUACGUCAUCGGGCCGAUGCAGGUCGCUGCUGGCAAGUCGCAGAUCUACUUCUACGACCUGGAGUCAGGGGAAUGCAUCUACGACCGGGUGGGGCGGCGUCCUCUGCUCUCGUUGGACGACGUGGCCGGCCAUGUCGGCAGCUUUGUCCAAGCUGUCCGGAGAGUGUUCUCUGAUGCACAGCAGGCUGUGGACGAGUCUGAAGACGGCGAGUCUUUGAACACGCGCGGCGCGAGCCCAGGUCCCAGCGCAGGCGGCCUGGAGCCGGAGGGCAACCGCGGUCGCUCCAUUCAACGGCGGGUGACGCGGUCAAUGACGAAGCUUAUGGGACAGACCCGACUGCCUACGCAGGUGGACAACCUGCCAUGGAAGGCGCUCCAGCGACUGACGCAGGUCCUGCAGCUCUGCUGGAUCUUCCUUGCCAUCGCAGAGGGCUGCAGCAACUGGUUCCCGGAGACCUUUGGGGCCGACCUCUUCCGAGUGAGUUGGUCGGGGGAGGAAGAGGAAGAGAAGGGCCCCUACCAUGGAGAAUCGGAAGAGAAGUACGAGCAUGACGAGCACGAGAAGGAGAUCGAAGCUGAAGGACAUCAUGCAGGGCAUCAUGGAGAGCAUGCUGAAGGCGAGGCUGAGCAUGGGUCUGUUCCAGCAGGUGAACACGAGCCCGCCCAUGCCGAAGGGCUCCCGGACGGGCUGCCGGCGCAGGAGUACUCGCCAGCAGGAGAGCACUCGUCGCCUUACGGAUCAGGCCAUCCUAUCAGCUACGAAGGAGAGCUUGCCCCAGUGCCCGAGGGAACAGCUUCCCUGGAAGGAGGCGUGGGCCGCCUGCGGCGGCUCCGCUCGGAGGCGCCCCGGCGGAGCCCCUGGUGGCAGCGGCCCACCGAGGUGAAGUCAAUGUGGCCCCACGGCAUGUUCUUCCGGGCCUUGGCUCUGGCCGGCCUUCCUGGUCGGGGCUUGCUCGCCACCACUGCCUUCACGCUGUACCAGUCUUCCGAGCCCGGCCUGGGACAGAGUCCUUUGACCUGGGAGGCCUUACCGAGACCGCAGUUCCCAGCUUCGGCAGCGAUCUGCGACGAAGCUUCAGGCAACUCUUCGCAAGAUGCGUCUUCUCAUUGUCUGAUGCUCGCGCCGAGGACGGGGCUCCCUUUGCUCGCCUUCUGGCCCUUCGGCUCCCCGGAAGCUGCCGUGGAGCUUCCGCUUUCGCCAAGGCUGCCGUCGUGGACGACUGCCGCAGGCGCCGUGCUGCCCUGCCGCGACCUGCAGUCUCUGGGGCCUGUGGAAGCGCCGCGGUGCCUGCUGCUGGUAGGCUGGGAUGCCGCGCGCCUGCGCGUGGCUGUGGUGAAGCUCCCUGACGAGGGCCUUCGGCCCGCGCCCGACGCACAGGUGGCGGUGCGCUCAGAGGUGCCUCUGUCGGCCGCCGGCUGCGGUGCGGCGCCGGAUGCCUUGCACGUGGAGGCUACGGGCCGACUCUGGCUUGCCGAGACAGGGGCCCUGGCGGCCUGGCACCUGCCCUCAGGUGCAUUCCUCGGCCGCUGGCAGCCUUCCUGGGGUGCGUUUCGGCCCUCUUCCCUCUGCGUGCGCCGCGGUCGCCUGCUGGUUGCCGGUGCCGCAGGAUCUGGGACAUUCGGACGGCCUACCUUACUGAGCUUCAGGCCGAAUUUCACUGAAAGCCACAGUUCCACCGCACAAGUCGGCUACAAGUAG